CCCAUGCUUAAUGUCGGAGGAGUUUUCAAUAAGUCCAAAGUUUUCCCAGUCAUUAGAUGCAGAUUAACAGCUGUUGCAGAACCCAAGACCUCACGAGCUUAUAAACUAAUCCCUUUUUAAAUCACCAUCAAAACUCUCAUAAUUAAUCUUCCAUCUCUCAUUUCUGAUCAUAUAUCACUAGCUCCUUUCCUCUGCGACUCACCUCCUUAGCAGUUAGCACCUCUUUUCGUCCCCACAGAAAACAUGGCCCGAGGCCGAGAAUAAGCCCAAAAACAGAGAACGAGCAAGAAAAGCAAAAUGCAGACUCGACUGGAGGUGUUUUUCUUCUGUUUCAUUUGCUUUUCUCUUGUUUAUGCGAAGGCGGCAGCACCCGGUGCAUCGAUCGAGGAAGUGUCAGCCUUGUUAUCGAUAAAAGCGAGUCUCGUCGACCCGUUGGAUCACCUUCGAGAUUGGAAAUGGCCGAUCAAUGGGAGUGUAAAUAAUCCCAGCCAUUGCAAGUGGACUGGAGUUUGGUGCAACUCCAAUGGCGCCGUUGAGAAGCUCGAUCUCUCCUACAUGAACCUCAGUGGCCGUGUCUCCGAUGACAUCCAAAGAUUACCAAGUCUAGCAGUCGUCAACAUUUGCUGCAAUGGGUUCUCCUCGCCAUUGCCAAAAGCGGUAUCCAAUCUCACCCAGCUGAAGCAUCUCGAUGUCAGCCUGAAUUCUUUCGUGGGUGAGUUUCCGGCAGGUCUUGGGAGGGCAGCAGGAUUGACUAGUAUCAACGCUUCAAGCAAUAAUUUCGUGGGCUUGUUUCCUGAAGACCUUGGAAAUGCAACGUCACUUGAGAGCCUAGAUUUCAGAGGGAGCUUCUUUCAAGGUUCAAUUCCUACGUCUCUGAAGAAUUUGCAGAAGCUUAAGUUUCUUGGUCUUUCCGGUAAUAAUUUCACUGGUAGAAUACCACCAGAGCUUGGGCAGCUUUCAUCUCUGGAGACUAUCAUUCUCGGAUACAAUGAGUUCGAAGGUGGAAUUCCGGUGGAGCUUGGUAACCUCACCAAUCUUCGGUAUCUUGAUUUGGCAUUCGGCAGUCUCGGUGGCGAGAUUCCGGCUGAACUGGGGAGGCUAAAGCUACUGAAUACAAUGUUCUUGUAUAAGAACGAGUUUGAAGGCAGGAUUCCACCCGAAAUUGGAAACAUUACAUCAUUGGUGUUCUUGGAUCUCUCGGAUAAUCUGUUUUCAGGCACAAUCCCGGCCGAGUUAGGAGAGUUGAAAAAUCUUCAGCUAUUGAAUCUGAUGUGCAACCAGUUGACGGGUUCGGUUCCUAGCAAACUUGGUGAACUGACCAAGUUAGAGGUCCUUGAGCUAUGGAACAAUUCGUUGACAGGUAUUUUGCCAGAGAGUCUCGGCCGGAACUCGCCAUUGCAGUGGCUGGACGUAUCGUCGAACUCGUUCUUCGGUGAGAUCCCGGCUGGUUUGUGUAGUGGCCGUAAUCUCACCAAACUCAUUCUCUUCGACAAUGCUUUCUCAGGUCCAAUCCCCAUUGGUUUAACGACAUGCCUCUCAUUAGUCCGAGUUCGUAUGCAAAACAACUUCAUUUCUGGGAUAAUUCCUCCUGGAUUUGGCAAACUGGCCAAACUGCAACGUCUGGAGUUGGCAAACAAUAGCCUCACCGGCGACAUACCGGAAGACAUUGCCUCUUCGACGUCUCUUUCGUUCAUCGAUCUCUCUCGUAACCGCCUCCAAUCAUCUCUUCCUUCCAGCAUAUUCACCAUGCCCAAUCUUCAGACUUUCAUGGCCUCCAAUAACAACUUGGAGAAUGAGAUUCCUGACCAGUUCCAGGACUGCCCAUCGUUAUCUGUGCUCGAUUUAUCGACAAAUCAUUUCACCGGCAACAUUCCUUCAAGCAUUGCGUCAUGCCUGAAGCUGGUGAAUUUGAACCUUCGGAACAACCGGCUUACAGGAGAAAUCCCGAAAGCACUUGCAACCAUGUCCACAUUGGCCAUUCUUGAUCUAUCCAACAAUUCUCUGACUGGAGAGAUACCAUGGAAUUUUGGAAGCUCACCAGCCUUAGAAACGUUCAAUGUUUCCUACAACAGGCUUCAAGGUCCUGUUCCCGCCAAUGGGGUACUGAGGACUAUAAACUCAGAUGAACUCAUAGGAAAUGCUGGCCUGUGCGGAGGUGUUCUACCUCCAUGUUCUCCGAGUGCUGCCAUGGCAUCUUCCAGGCAAAAGGUCCAUAUCAAACACAUUGUUGCCGGGUGGCUCCUUGGAAUUUCAGCUUUAAUGGCUUUAGUUUUCGCAGUUUUUGCUGGACGAUUGCUAUACAAGAGAUGGUACUUGUUUGGUAGCAGCUGCUUCCAAGACCAGUUCGACAUGGGCAACGGAGAAUGGCCAUGGCGACUGAUGGCCUUCCAGAGACUAAGCUUCACAAGUAGUGACAUACUGGCCUGCAUCAAGGAAUCAAAUGUGAUCGGUAUGGGCUCAACCGGGGUUGUCUACAAGGCGGAGAUUCAACGCCCACACGCAGUUGUGGCAGUGAAGAAACUGUGGAGGUCGGCAACCGAUAUCGAAGCUGGAAGCAACGAAGAUCUGGUGGGUGAAGUCAAUCUCCUAGGGAAGCUACGACAUCGAAACAUCGUUCGAUUGUUGGGUUAUCUUCAUAAUGAUUCCAGUGUGAUGAUGCUAUACGAGUACAUGCACAAUGGCAACCUUGGGGAGGCUCUGCAUGGGAAGCAAGCAGGGAGGCUGUUGGUCGACUGGGUGUCACGAUACAGUGUAGCAGCGGGCGUGGCCCAAGGGCUCGCCUAUCUGCACCAUGACUGCCACCCACCCGUCAUCCAUCGAGAUGUCAAGUCCAACAACAUCCUGCUUGAUGCAAACCUUGAAGCUCGGAUUGCUGACUUUGGGUUGGCCAGAAUGAUGCUCCGGAAGAACGAGACUGUGUCGAUGGUUGCUGGGUCGUACGGCUACAUCGCACCAGAAUAUGGAUACACGCUGAAGGUAGAUGAAAAGAGCGACAUCUACAGCUAUGGAGUUGUAAUUAUGGAGCUUAUUACUGGAAGAAAUCCAUUGGACCCAGAGUUUGGAGAAUCUGUGAACAUAGUUGAGUGGGUUCGUGGAAAGAUCAGAGACAAUAAGCCCCUGGAAGAAACACUAGACCCCAGCAUAGCGGGUCAGUGCAAGCAUGUGCAAGAAGAGAUGCUCCUCGUCCUUCGAAUCGCACUCCUCUGCACUGCUAAGUUCCCAAAGGACAGACCUUCCAUGAGAGAUGUCAUAACAAUGCUGGGAGAGGCAAAGCCCAGGAGGAAAAGUAGCAGCAGCAAUUCUAUCAAAGAGAAGCCAGUUUUUAGUCCCUCACCUGUAACAGGCCUUCUGUAGGAACAAAAAUGUGUUCCCCUGGCCAAUCUUUCUUUUUCUAAUUCUUCUUUUGUAUGUAAUUUUUUUUUCUUGGCAAAUUCUGUAUCAUGGUUAAAGAUGGUUCUGUUCAGAGAAGGACGCAUAUAUGGAAAAUAGUUUUAGUUUUUUUCCAUGAUUAUCAAUAAAGCUCCAUUUUUUUA